CUACAGACUAGCGCCUCUAUCUUCUGUACUGAGCUCAACAUGACAGAAGACUCCGACGUAACAAUUUAUCGGCACUAUUGCCCGCCAGGGGUCAAACGGGUUAUCGCAUCAGGAAGUAGUGCGUUUAUCGGAGAAGUCGAUGACUACACUGUAUUCAAAUAUCCUCUAGCGCCUAACGGAGACAUGAGUCGACCAGAAGUUGAAAGAAAACUCCUCGAAAUUGUUGGGCUGCAUCCACGCAUUAUACAACUAAAAGGCGCCUCUGAUACUGGCUUGUAUCUAGAGCGUGCUGCUAACGGAACCUUGGCGGAUUAUAUACUUGAAACCGCCAAUCCUCCCCCUUCAAUGCGCAGACGAUUAGCCUGGUGCCGUGAGGCUGCUGCAGCAGUUUCAAGAGUUCACGACCAAGGACUUCUCCAUUGCGAUAUCCAACCUACGAAUCUGCUCUUAGAUGAGGAGCUCCAUGUUAAGCUGUCAGACUUCCAAGGGAAGAAGUUGUCUCCUGAUGGAUCAGUGCUGCUUGACGGUUGCAGUAGUGAACCUUGUCGAUUCUAUUGCCCACGCAAUGACGCUUUUGAUGCAAACAUCAAGACGGAGCUCUUUGCCUUAGGGUGCACUAUUUACUUUAUUAUGAUGGGCCAUGCUGUUUACCCUGAUAUUAAAGAUGGCGAGGAUGGAUGGUAUGAGAAGGUACAAGAUAGAUUUGUUCAGGGCAACUUUCCGCAGGAUUCGCAUGUCUGCACGGUAAUCACCUCAAAGUGCUGGUUGGGAGAAUAUAAGUCUGCCUAGGAGCUGCUACAGGAUAUUGUAUCUAUAGAGGAGCGUAUCUAGGGUCACACGACUCCAAGCUAGAAGUCGUGAAUGUAUCAAAAGAAGGCGCCAGGGCAUGAUACUACAAAUACGUGGGGUCAAGAGCUACUUAGCUAGCGACAGCAGGAACCACUGGCUCUCAACAGUCAAAAAUCCAACUAGUUUUGUCAAGUCAAGUCUGAGCGGACAGGGCUUAGUGCUGUGGUCACGUAUUGAACUAUGAGAAGCGUAGUGGGGAACGACGUUAAUAGAAGUACAACCAGCAG